AAACAAAAAAGAGUGAGACCAAGGAUAGAGAAAGGAGGGGGAGAGGAGGAGAGGGGAGAUGGCUUCGUUCGGCAUAAUGGGUUUCGGAGCGGCAGCGGCGAGCGGGAGGGUGUUCGCGGCGACGGCGGCGAAGAGCACGGGGGGAAGCGGGGAGGAGAAGGGGCUGCUAGACUGGAUCCUUGGUGGGCUGCAGAAGGAGGACCAGCUCCUGGAGACUGACCCCGUCCUCCAGAAGGUUGAGGAGAAGAACGGCGGUGGCCGCAAGUCCACCAACUCCGUCUCCAUUCCCAACAACAAAAAGAAAUCCGGCGGCGGGUUUGGAGGCCUCUUUGCCAAGAAAUAAAUAACUACCACGUUGAAGAAAACGCAAAACGCCCCCUCCCCUGCUCCUAUGAUGUCAUCCGUCUCUACCCUAUUCUGUCCCAUCUGGUAGACGCAGACACAUAUUCUGCCUGAUGUUCAAGUGAAUGCUCUACUUCUUGUUCUGUAUUUUUUUGAAUAUUCUAGCAUAAAUGAAUCUCUGAAACAAUUUGGUUCUGGAAAA